AUGAGAUUUUACUUUUUCGUUUCAUGUUUGGGGGCUGCUGCGGCAGUGCUGGCAUCAGCGGUUUGGUGGGUUUGGCCGGUGAUUUUGCGACUCUGGCGAAUACCGCAAGUGCUUGUUGAUGGCAAGGACAAAGAUGCCUUGCGCAUUGGCAUUUUAGGUGCUUCUUUUAUUGCACGAGCUGCCGUGGUACAUGCAGCGGACAAGCGCCGGGAUGUGUUAGUGUCAGCUGUAGCAGCGCGUGAUUGGACCAAAGCUGAGACGUUUGCGAAGCAACACGGCAUUCCGGCCUUUCACGGCGGAGCAACAGCAUAUUUGGACCUGCUAGCUCGUGAGGAUGUCGAUGCUGUAUAUGUUGGCCUCCCAACACACCUCCAUCUUGAAUGGACGUUGGCAGCCUUGCGUGCAGGGAAACAUGUCCUUCUGGAGAAGCCAGCUGUCUUGAACAUGGAGGAGGCAAAACAAUUGAUAGGAGCCAUGGCCGAGACAAAGCUGCAAGUUUUUGAAGCAGCCCAUCAUCGCUACCAUCCAGCUGCACGACGCUUCAAACAGCUUACAUUGAAAGAAAGAGACGUUGGGCUGUCAGAUUUUGAGGCGCGGUUUUCCAUGUUGGAUCCAAAGGCAUUGUUGUCGAUAUUCAAGGAGCUUUUGGGUAUUUCGAAGCCAGUGACCCAAGAGGACAGAUUUCACGAGAGAAUCAAGAAUUUGGACCGGUGGUACUAUUGCGUUGAUAUGCUCUUAUGGAGCACUGGUGCAAUAGAUGCAGAAGUUAUCUUUGCAAAGGAGGAUCGUUUUUCAAUCUCUGCCACUUUGAAGCUUCAACGCUCUGCUUCCACCGCUACUGCAACUCUCUAUAUGGCAAGAGACAACCUAUGGGAGCCCUUUUCCUGGAGCAUUGCAGAACAUGGCUUAGCAGACAAGGCAAGCAGUCUGCAGCUCCACAAUUUUGGUUUCCCCUUUGUUUGGCAUCGAUUGGAUGUUGCAAGUGCAGGCAAGAUCACCUCCGAGCAGCUCUAUGGUGCUGGAGAGACUACGUUCGAGCAUCAACUUGGCUUCUUUCGUCAAUCCAUUCGGAAUCAAGAACCUCCCGAUGCUAAGGAAUCAUCCUUUCUAUUGACGAUCCAAAUAAUCGAUCGUAUAUUGGAGGCAAGUGGUUCAGGAAUGCUGAAAACACGGUAA